AUAUGACUUUCUUCACAAUUUGUCCUGCGCUUAUUGAUUCGUGUCUUGGUCUCGUUUGUAACUCGACAUAGUUUUUGUUUGUGUAAGAAAUGGCGAGCCAGACACAAGGAAUCCAGCAAUUGCUGGCUGCUGAAAAGCGGGCAGCUGAGAAAGUUUCAGAGGCGAGAAAGCGAAAAGCGAAACGCCUAAAGCAGGCCAAGGAUGAGGCCCAGGAGGAGGUGGAGAGGUACAGACAGGAACGCGAGAAGCAGUUCAAAGAGUUCGAGGCCAAGCACAUGGGCACCAGGGAAGGAGUUGCCGCCAAGAUCGACGCUGAGACUAAAGUCAAGAUCGAGGAGAUGAACAAAAUGGUGGAGAAACAGAAAAAUGCCGUGAUCACAGACAUGUUGCACCUCGUCUACGACAUCAAACCUGAGCUCCACAUCAAUUACCGCUUUGAUUAAUCGCUAAUUACCAUAUUUCCUCGCUUACCAGCGAAUAUAUAGUUUAUUGUUAUGGUAAUAAUGUUUAAUCAUAGAUUUAAGCGCGUCCAAGAAGGUUCAAACCACCAAUCAAAAACGUAGAUCAAAAACACUUCUCCUUAUAAGAUUUUCCAAAUAUUCCAAUUUCGAUUUUUGAAUUUAUUCUUAAUAGAUAAGGAAAUACUGCAACGGUUUCAAGUUCGCUGCGCGAAUUCGCUUCAGUGGUUAAAACUUCUUGGCUCGGCGUCGGGAGCGCGCCAAAACAUCUGUCACUUUGACAAGCGCGAAAAACGAUGGCUGCCACGCUGUAUAUAAAAGUCCGCUUGGUUACUCCCUGUUUAAAUAUAAUCAAUUGUUGUUUGCCGUAAAAAAUCAGCUCGAUAUCAUUCCAUUUGGACGACGGCCCGCAAUCGCAUAAAAUAAAAAUAAUUACUACUUAGGUGUUAAAUUGUGUUUUAUUCAAUGUUGUAUGUUGAAUAGAAAUUAAAGUUUAAACAAAAACAAAUGCAGAUUUUUAAUUGUUUUUAUUUCUUGUUACGCUUUUCAAAUGGAAACUGGUGUGUACAGUAUUAGAGAAAAUAUAUUAUUGAUGUAAUUCA